AUGAAUCUGGACAGAAACCUGACAAACAACCGCUCCACCACGAACUCGCUCGAUUUUUCGAAUAAGAACCCGCCGAUAGAUCCAUCAAAAAGCCCUCGAUCAUACGAGCAUUUUGACCCCAUCGCCGACCGCAUAGCCCAUGUGAUGGUGGAGUUAUUCAGCCAAAUGUGA